GCCAGCAGAUUUGAUUAGACUCACACCAACUGAUUCAAUUAUCCCUUAUUUUGGGUGUUCAUUAUAAUUGCAAAAGAUGCCGACAAAAUUCGAACUCUGCCCAGGGAGAAUGAUUGGGGAGAACUACCCCUGUUUCGUCAUUGCUGAGAUCGGACAGAAUCAUCAAGGAGACAUAGAGAUUGCUAAGAAAAUGAUUCGGAUGGCUAAGGAUUGUGGAGCCGAUUGUGCCAAAUUUCAGAAGAGUGAACUGGAGUACAAGUUCAACAAAAAAGCCCUUGAGCGUCCAUACAACUCAAAGCAUUCCUGGGGGAAAACGUAUGGUGACCACAAGCGUCAUCUGGAGUUCAGCCACGACCAAUAUAGGGAGCUCCAGAAGUAUGCCAAGGAAGUUGGGAUUUUCUUCACUGCAUCUGGAAUGGAUGAGAUGGCGGUAGAAUUCCUCCACAAACUUGAUGUGCCUUUCUUCAAAGUUGCCUCAGCAGAUGGCAACAAUUUCCCCUACCUUGAGAAUGCCGCCAAAAAAGGACGGCCAAUGGUGAUUUCCAGCGGCAUGCAGUCUAUGGAGACGAUGCGACGGGUUUAUCAGACGGUGAAGCAGCACAACCAGAACUUCUGCAUCCUGCAGUGCACCAGUGCUUACCCUCUGGAGCCUGAACAUGUGAACUUACGUGUGAUCACCGAAUAUCUGAAGGAGUUCCCUGAUAUCCCCAUUGGAUACUCUGGCCAUGAGACUGGCAUUAGUAUCACCGUGGCAGCGGUUGCAAUGGGGGCAAAGGUGGUUGAGCGCCACGUGACCCUGGAUAAAAGCUGGAAGGGCAAUGACCACGAAGCCUCUCUGGAGCCCGCCGAGCUGGCCGAGCUGGUGCGCUCCAUUCGCAUCGUGGAGAAGGCACUGGGGACAGGUGUCAAACAGAUGUUGCCCUGUGAGAUGACCUGUCACAGUAAGCUGGGAAAGUCAAUUGUGGCUAAGAUGGCCAUUCCCAAAGGUGCUGCUCUGACCAUCGACAUGUUGGCUGUGAAGGUUGCUGAGCCAAAGGGAGUGAUCCCUGAAGACAUUUUUCAGCUGGUGGGAAAGAAGGUUUUGGUAGAUGUGGAAGAAGAUGACAGCAUCACUGAAGAUAUGGUUGCUGGUUAUAACAAGAAGGCCUAACAGUGAACCAGCUUUGCUGCAACCCUCACCUAAUCUCUUAAUGAUUGCAUCCUUAGUCUUGUUUAUACAGCCAGAGAACUGCCGAAGACCGGAUAAGUAAUCAUGCAAAAAGGAAUCCUUGGCUUUUGCUUUUUUUUUUUUUUUUUUUUUUACCCAAACAAUUUUGUCACUCAUGCAAAUUUGUGUUUUUAAGUACUUGAGGUAACUUGUACUUUGACAAGACAGAAGGGAAAUAAAAUGAAUUAUAAACA